UGGACAGGGAGGCCUGAUGUGCUGCAAUUCAUGGGGUCGCAAAUAGUCGGACACGACUGAGCGACUGAACUCAACUGAAAAAAGUUUAAAAUGUAGUAACUCUUCUGAAUUAGGGACAAGUAUCCUUAAAUACAAACUGUCAAUUGAAUUAUGAUUUCCUCCAUUAUAAUAGAAAUGACACAAUGAAAUUAUAAGGAAAAAAUAAAUAAUGCCUAGAUUUAGUAAACUUAUCUAAAGUAAAACUUAAACAUUGAAGUUACUCUUGACAAGGCAUAAAUGUUCAGCAUUGAUGAAUGAAGUGAAAGCAAGUUAACAGCAUGGUGAUCAUGUCCUUUGUCCCCCUAUAUCUUUUAGAAGGUGAAAUCAAUUCUGAGGAACUCACCAAAGAACAAACCAACUGAUACAUUACAUAUCCAAAAUCUCCUAUAUUCUGGAGUUGUGUGAUGAGAUAAACUGUCUUCAAAAUACCCAAGCGUAAGAAUUUCCUGUUUCAGUGACACGGUGAUAAGAAAUGUACUUUUUUCACUAUUGUUUCACUCUGGGCCUUCACAGGGCAGUCUGUGAAGACCACAGACAUUGUUUGAUUUUCACAGUAACCUGGCCACUCACGAGAAGAGGCAGGACUCUGGCCUGUAGAAGCCACAGAGAUGAAGAACCAAAAGGAAAGCUACUCAGAACCGAGUCUGGAUAAGGACACCAGGAGACAGCAAAUGCGAGAUUCACCGUCCGCUCGAGAGAAACUCAUUGUUGUGAUCCUGGGAAUCGUCUGUUUUGUCUUGAUGUAUACUAUAGUGAGAGUGAUAACUUCUAUUCCACGUACCCAAAUAUCAGAACAGAAUAAGUCCUCUCUGAUAACAAAGCUCCCGAAAGAAUGUCAUUGUGGUCAUUGUCCACAAGACUGGCUUACAUAUUCCAACAACUGCUAUUAUACUAGUUUGGAAAAAAAAUCAUGGAAUGAAAGUUUGAUAUCCUGUGCUACUAAGAAUUCUACUUUGCUUUAUAUAGAUAAUGAAGAGGAAAUGAAAUUUCUGAUGUCCCUAUCAAUUAUAUCGUGGAUUCAAGUCUCUCGUGAAGGCCGCGGUCAUCCUUGGAAGUGGCUAAAUGGUUCAACUUGCAGACUACAGAUAACAGACAAAUUACCUGGUGAACGUAACUGUGCUGUACAAUCUUUAUGGGAAAUAAGAGCAGAAGACUGUCAGUUUACAAAUGCAUAUCAUUGCAAGCAUAAGCUUGAGAAUUAAAAUAUGAGUUUGGAUGCUGUUGGGUAACUUGACCUUUUAUGAAAUGGAAAUAAAAUUCUGAUUGCAUACAUUUUAA